AGAAAAAGCCGAGGCAACGGUGGACGCACGGACGGACGCCCUCGCUCGUCUUCAUCUGGUGUCUAGCGGCUUUUUUUUUUCUUUCCUAAAUGGCAACGACAGCGGACGAGCAGCGGGAACCGGAGGACGUCGUUGCGCUGUCGACGCACCACGGCUGCCACCACAACAGCAACAACAACAACAAUAACAACAACAACAAAGACAGCGAGGCGGGUGAGAGCGCGACGUCCGCCAGCACGACUCCAUCAGGCGGGACGGUGUCGCAGAGCAUGUGUAACGGCUCGGUCAUCAACCCCAACGGGGGGAACAACGGGAAGUGGGUACGGCUGAACGUCGGUGGCACGGUGUUCCUCACAACGCGGCAGACCCUCCUGAAAGAGCAAACUUCAUUCCUGUACCGGCUGUGCCAACAGCAGGACCUGCACUCAGACACGGAUGACUCGGGAGCCUAUGUGAUUGACAGAGACCCUACCUACUUCGGUCCCAUCCUCAACUACUUGCGGCAUGGCAAACUGGUCUACAACAAGGAGCUGGCUGAAGAAGGUGUCCUGGAGGAGGCGGAGUUUUACAACAUCACCCCACUGAUCAAACUGGUCAAGGAGAGGAUCGUGGAGAGGGACUCCAAAGCCACGCAGCAGGUGCCUCCAAAGCACGUCUACAGAGUGUUGCAGUGCCAGGAGGAGGAGCUCACCCAGAUGGUCUCCACGAUGUCGGACGGCUGGAAGUUUGAGCAGGUCAGCGUGCGCGCCUGCAGAAAGCCCCGCACCGGACUGCUCUGGACUAUGGUGAACAUCGGCUCGUCAUACAGCUAUGGAACAGAGGACCAGGCGGAGUUUCUGUGCGUCGUGUCCAAGGAGCUUCACACUCCGGGAUCGGGACUGGCUACUGAACAGAGCCACAAAACCAAGCCGGCGGAGAUGCAGGAGGAGGAAGCCGCAAAGCAUGAGGAGGAGGAGGAGGAGGAGGAGGAGGGAGGGAGAGAUACCACACCAAAUGAGUGGCUUAGGGAAUGAGGGAGUCAUGUUUCUUUGUUCCAAAGAGAAGCGGGAAUGGCUCUUCCAGAUCCAUGGGUCCCGGAUGUAGAAAUCACAAGAAUUUGUGUAAAAUUAUAUAAGUAAUUUCUUUUCUAGGCUUAAUAUGACAUGUUGUUGUAUGUGUGCGUCAACAGACGCAGUCAUCAAAACAGAUUUGUAGCAUUGUCAUCAGUUCAUUGACAAAAUGCCACUUAGAAAGAUUACCAAAUGACCAAAAAUGGAAAAAAACUCAAUCUUAAAUCUCACAGUCGGGCACAACAAUAUCUUCCAAAACAAUUUUUCAGUGAAACUAAUUUUAUUAGUACAAAUCUUCAUGUGUUGCUGUGUGCAAGCGUUAUAUUGCCACGGGCUGUAGUGGAGCUUAGUAAAUUCUAACCAAAGAUCCAGUUUAAAGCUGGCUGAACCAGGGUGCUGAACCAAAAUCUGCAUCACUAUGAUCUGACAGACGACGAAUGGUGCGAACGGAUCGGAUUACAUCUGUGUUGUUGCAUCUUCGGAUUAUUACAUUACCUAAUGUUAACACAAGCCCUUUGUUUCCAUAGUCUUCUCCUUUAUUUUGCACUUGAGGCAGAAGUUUCGAGAACAAAAACAAAACCACAACGGCCGGGAAACAAAACCGCCACAGUGAUCCCACCAGCUGUUGACUGCAAACAUUUCAGCCAGGACCAACUUUAAUUAUUAAGCUUGUAGGAAAUAAUGAUGGUCAUUUUAUUUAUUUGUUGCUGUCAGUGUGAAAAGGGGUGAACGCUCCACAGCCCAUGUAGUCAGGGCGAGAGCAGAUCUUGGCAGUGUGCAUUGCAUACAAAAGCUUGUUUUCGUAUUUUAGAGACGGCUCAUAUGCGAGUCAGCGAAGCCUUCGGUUCUGAGUUGCGUCUGCUGCGUUGACCCAGAUCUACCAGCUCGCAGGUCUACUUGUUUGCUCUCAGUGUGAUCCUGGGCUAACGCUGGUUUGACCUCAUGGUCUUAGCUGUUAGCUUAGCCAUUUCUUUGAAUUGACAGAUGGAAACUGCUUGCUGUGGGAUAUGUACUGUAUCACCACUGCAUUAUUUACUGGUCCCCUUACAAAGGUUCCAUCUGGCUACAGACUGUCAGACAGUGAAACAGUCAUUGUCCAACCGAGCUCAAAGUAAAAGCAGAGAGCGCACACACCCUGCACCGACAAAAACACACUGCUCUACAUUUUCCCCUGCACCAACACCCUGUUGUGCACUGGUAUACACCUGCAGCACCUCAUGCCGGUGCAUGCUCAGCAGCAGCAGCAGCGUGGUCUCAGUCUGCCGCACCUGGCUGGGAUCCAGAGCCAGAGAGAUGUUGGCAUAGGCUGGAACAGAGAAGGGUAGAGGGAGGGGGGGAGAUCAUACUGAUGAGGAGAGGGUGAGACAGGAGGGUGAGGUGUACCUUUGUUUUGUAAUAGUGAUAGUCACACAAUGUCCUCUGUCAUCAUCUUUGUUAGUACAAGGAACAGCAGAUCUGCCGCAGCGCAGGUGUGUGAUUGAAGGAGGUAGUUAGAUCAUACGUGACUUUUAACAACCUCUGUUGGUAACUUGUGGGAACUGCACCACAGAUCAAAUUUGUAUAAUGCAGUGUAUUGAAAUUAAUUCAUUUCGAAAGUUCAUCAUCAUUAUAACAUCAUAAUCAUUCAGCAAAUACACCCGUCACAAGGUUUUAGCUGGAGGCGUAGUUGUUGAAUGUUGGAAAAUAAACUUAAAAUUACAGGGUGUUCCGUUUAUAUCAGCAGGUAAUAAAAUGUGUAAAUAGGCAUAUAGCCUAGAAGGCAUCUACAAUAACCCAGUGUCAUGUCGUAGGUUAUCAUUUAAUGAAAAUACAUUGUUGAACAGAUGCUAGUGGAAGUUGGGCCGGACUCCGGGUCCCUUUUGAUCUUUCAUUUCCUGGAGGCAUAAAUACCUAAAAAUCCAGAGUUCAUCUGCAGUGGUAGGGGCCAAACAACAUUAAAACAUUACAACACAAAAGGGAAAAGAAGAAAGGGUAAGCCAUAGAAAUAGAAUGAUAGUAGGACAUUCCAUUCAAAUCAACAUAGCAGGAUGAUCAGAGCAGCAGCCAUUAUUUAUGUGUAGCGUUGCCAUUGCAAAGAGCUGUGACCGUUGAAGCGGGCUAACUCAUUCUAUUUUUUUAUGGCCAAUGCACAGUGCUGAGCGCCAUUUUCUUUUGAACUAGUCAAAUGACCAUUAUACUCUCAUUCACUUUCAACUAUACUUAGUUAUCCACGUUAGCUAGUUAAUCCAGUCGACAUUCCAAUUUGAAGUUAGCCAUACUAGCUAAAUUAGUUCUACUAGCCAAUAGCUGUUUAGAUAAGAUGUCUAACAGCACUCCAACAUCCUCUUAUGGCAUGAUGAAGAAAUCCCUAGAACAGCUGGGCACUGUAGUUUUUUAGCUAACGUGACUCCCAACGGGUAAAUAUAGCAUUUGUUCAGGUUUAAUUUCAGCCACAGAUUAAAACACAUUUGGUUGAUAAAUUCAUAGUUGUUCAUUUUUAUGGAUUUUGUUGACUAGAACAAAAAAUACAAAAUAAAACACCAUGAGACUUUUCCUUUAAGGUUUGUCAUUCUAGCUGUCCCGCACUGACCCUAAAAAAGCUACAGUUCUUUGGCUCGGCUGCUGAGGCUGAGGUUUACCUCAAGCAGAGAGAUUACUUCUGCCUCUGAAGAUUUCUGCAGCCAUAUUGAGCGUUGGCUGUCAGCAGCUUAUGACUCCUGCUGUUUAGCUCCUGUGUAACACUGACUGAAAGGCAACAUGCAUUAGGAAACACACUAACACACUCGGGCUGUUUUAUGAAGGCAAUAAGCAGUUAAGAGUGAGACAAUCAAGAAUUAAGAUCGUGCUUGGUGACUUUUUUGAUAACAUUUUGAUAAUUAAAUCUGAGGAAAAAAAACAGGCUGCAAAUACAAUAUUGUGUUUGUGUGGGCGUCCAUAAGAUGAAUUGUCCCGUCCAUUUGAAGUGUAAAAUAGACACCGUUAUCCUAGACCUUUAAGGUUCCUUGCAAUACAUUAUUCGCUGGAUUAGCAGAUUACAAUACACGUUAGAAUAGUGAUGAUACUCAUCACGCUUAUGCUAAUCAUAAUCGUGAUUUCAGCAGGAGGGAGAAGACUGUUUCUCGUUUUUGUCACUUCAGCUUUCUCUUGUGGCUCUUUUAACUCGGAUCAUUCGGUGCCUUGAGUUCAAGCAGCAAAUGUGACGCGUCAAAAGGCUGACUGUCAAAAUGAUCGUAGGUUAUUAUUACAUGCUUUUUUUUUUUUUUUAAAUGGCUGUUAUAUUUUAGUCAACUGUUGAAUGGGUAGUUUACAAUUUCACUGAGAAUCCAGGUUUGGUAUUUAUGAACAUUUCUUCCAGUGCACGUUUGUUCUGAGAUUUUUAUUUUUCAUAAGGUGUUCCAAGAAGAUAAAGGAAGUACAUGCAGCUGUGUGUAUGAGGUGACGCUGUUUUAAUGCAACUCUUGCAGAGGGCCCUGUUUUGUAUAAAAUCUCAUGCCUUUUUAUUAUUUUGUGCGUUCGGUUGUCUAAUUUAUUCUCGCCGUUUCUUUUUGAAUGUUACCGAUAACAUUUUUUAGUAGGGGGGGGUAGAGGGUUUACGGUCAGUUUCGGGUGACAUGCUUUUCUUUCAUUUUAUUUUUUUACUUUUGACUAAUAUGAUGAUCUUCAACAGUAUAUAGAAAUAUAUUCAUCAGUUUUCCUAAAUAUGCUAGUUUUUAGUCAGUUUUAGUUCACAUAAAUGCUGUUGUUUCCUCAAGACCAGAGUUUGUCCCUCCAAUGAAAAUGUGUUACCAUUAGGUCACUUUUAUAACUCUCCAUUUGUAUGUCCUCUUGUUUAGUUUUCUGGAUCUUAUUUCUUAUUUGUACACUAUGUGUUGAAUUGUUUCUGCUGUACAGUAGAGUGUGUUUUCACAUAACACUCAAUGUGUAAAAGUCUACUUAGCAAUGCUCUCUCAUUAUUCUGUGCAAAAAAAAGAAACAUCUGCCAGGCAGCUGUGGAUAGAAAAAAAACAUUGUAAUCUGAUGCUGGAGGUUUAUUUAUUUUUUCUUCUGCUGUCCAUAGAGCCUCCGUGUCUGUAUACAUAAAACAAUGUGACACAUGCAUUGUAGCGCCUCAAAUCACCCUGUACAGGCUUUAAGAAACGCUGUGUUUUGACUUUAUUUAACUGUAUUUCACCUGAACAACAUACAACAUUUUCAACAAUGUGACAGGAGGUGAUUUCUUUUUUUUUUUUUUUUUUUAAUUUAAUGUAAAUGAAUGUCACCAUUCUCAACUAAAUAAAUCUUUUUUCCUUUGGUUUAAAAUA